AUGGUAGAGAAGAAAGUUGUCGAUUACAACACAGCAAAGGUCUAUGCCGAUGAACUAGGAAUACCAUUCAUAGAAACAUCAGCCAAGAAUUCGACAAACGUAGAGCAAGCUUUCAUGACAAUGGCGGCUGAAAUAAAGAACAGGCUGGGACCUCCUACAUCUGCUGCAGAUGCAGUUCACAAGGUUAAAAUUGAACAGGGGAGAACGAUUGAAGGCUCUAGGUCUGGAUGUUGCUGA